AUGAAAACGGCUGCCGAGCGUGCAAAAGUUGAAGAUUUAUUCGACUAUGAAGGGUGUAAAGUUGGGAGGGGAACGUACGGACAUGUGUAUAAAGCCAAAAGAAAGAAUAGUACGGAUGGACGUGAAUAUGCACUGAAGCAGAUAGAAGGAACUGGAAUUUCUAUGUCUGCCUGCCGAGAGAUUGCUCUUUUAAGAGAACUUCGUCACAAAAAUGUAAUUAGUCUACAAAAAGUAUUCCUUUCACACACAGAUAGAAAAGUUUGGUUAUUAUUUGAUUAUGCAGAACAUGAUUUAUGGCAUAUAAUCAAGUUUCAUAGGUCAUCCAAAGUUAACAAAAAACAGAUAAGCUUUCCCAAAAACAUGGUCAAGUCUCUUCUGUUUCAAAUAUUGGAUGGUAUACAUUAUUUACAUACUAAUUGGGUACUUCAUAGAGAUUUGAAACCAGCCAAUAUACUUGUAAUGGGAGAAGGUUCUGAAAGAGGAAGAGUAAAAAUAGCUGACAUGGGUUUUGCUCGGUUGUUCAAUAACCCAUUAAAGCCUCUUGCAGACCUUGAUCCUGUGGUUGUGACAUUUUGGUAUAGGGCACCAGAAUUACUUUUAGGAGCUAGACAUUACACAAAAGCAAUUGAUAUUUGGGCUAUUGGGUGUAUUUUUGCUGAACUAUUAACAUCGGAACCAAUAUUUCACUGCCGCCAGGAGGAUAUCAAAACCAGCAAUCCAUAUCAUCAAGAUCAGCUUGAUAGGAUUUUCAAUGUUAUGGGUUUUCCCCAAGAAAAAGAUUGGGAAGACAUAAAGAAAAUGCCAGAACAUCCAACUCUAAUGAAAGAUUUUAAGCGAUCAAAUUAUGUCAACUGUAACUUGAUCAAGUACAUGGAAAAACAUAAAAUCAAACCUGACAGUAAAGCUUUUCUAUUGUUACAAAAGCUGCUUACAAUGGAUCCUACCAAACGGAUUACAUCAGAACAGGCUAUGAAAGAUUUAUACUUUUUAGAAGAUCCAUUACCUUCACAAGAUGUAUUUGAAGGUAUGCCAAUUCCUUACCCUAAACGGGAAUUUCUUACUGGAGAUGACAAUGAUGAUAAGGCAGAUACAGGAGCUAGUAAGGUUGGUGACAAACAAGCUGCUGGUGCCGAUCAGUCAUCGAGCCAUAACCAGCCUCCACCAAAACGGGUAAGGGUUAUGCCCCCUGUUACAACAACAGGAGGAAGCACUAUUGGAACUUCAGAGUACCAGCAUGUUCAUAACAUCCAAGGCGGGAACCAGCAGCAAUCUGGAAUUACAAUGUCCACUAGUAACACUUCACAGACAUCUAGCUCAACAGUAUAUGGUCAGUCAAGGUUCUAG